AUGCAUGCUUACUGGUCGCUUACAUGUUCGCUUAAGCGACCGGUUCCCAGAACUUGCUAUGCUAGUUUGCUUACGCGUUCGCUUAAGCGAACAAUCAUAGUUCUGCAGAAAAAUAUUACUGCGAAAAUCGGGCUGUUACAAGAUGCUGCCAAAGUUCUUGAUGAUGAUCCUUGGCUUUAUGAUAAUUUUCAUUUAGUCAUUGAAAGAAUUGCUCCAGGUUGUGUACCACGCCUUGUCAAUCUGAAUCACCUUGACAUUUGGGUGCAUGUUCACGGAUUACCCCUUGGUUUCAUCCAGCAAAGGGUUGGUCAGGGCAUUGGUCAGUUUUUAGGUGAAUUGAAAUCUUAUGACAGUCAUAAUUCUGUCCACAGUUCCUACAUGAGAUUGAAGGUUAGAAUUGAUGUUUCUGUACCCCUGAAAAAGCAGUGGCAGUUCCGAACCAGUAAUGGAAAUUAUGUGACAAUUAUGUUUAAAUAUGAAAAGCUGGGAAUUUUUUGUUACAAAUGUGGUCUUCUAGGUCGUACUGACAAAGUAUGUCCUCAAUUGUUUGAACUGGAUUUUCUUGAUGGUGUUCGCGAGUGGGGGAUUGAUCUACGUCCUUCUGUUCUACAUGUAGGGACCGUUGCUACCAAUAGAUGGUUGCAAGAUCCCAUCCCAAAUGUUGUUCCUCACACAAAUGAUAUGUCGGGUGGAACUCAACAUGCUGUAGGUUCCUCGAGUUUAUCCAAUUUGGGUGGCCGUCUCGAAGCUGUUCACAAUGAGAUUAGCGCUAUCAAACAAGGGAUUUUGGUGGCUCAAAACAAUGUGCAGGUCAAGAAUGGUAAGACAACAGUUGAUGUGCACCUUAAUCACUCAUUUCCUACCUCAUCUGCGAAUGUUACUGCUGUUGCUAGGCACCAACUUGUGUUAGGUUUGCCUGCGAUUCCUCUGCAGGAAGAUUACAGGUGCUGAACACGAUUCUAAUUCUGCUGAUAUCGAAGUUGAUGACAUAGGGUCAGAAUUAAAAAAGAGAAAGCGCAUGCUGGCAGAAUGUCUUCAAAGUGGCGUCCCUCAGAAUGAUGCUGAUUUUUCUUUUGCUGUUGAUGGGGUUAAUGAGGAUAAUAAUUUAGGUGAAUCUGUAAGUGGGGGGAAUGAUGAUGUAAUGACUGUUUGUGAAAAUCCAUUAUUUGAAAAUUUAGAUGUAUCGUCCGGCUCUGAUAUUGUGCCACAAUGAUUGAUGGAGAUUGUGGUUAGUAGAGGAAAAAAGAAUCAAUCUAGAUGAAUUCAUUUCGUAUGGGAUCAGUUUG